AUGAAUGAGUUUCCAACUACUUAUCGUCUUAACACUGUCACUUACGGCACAAAAUCGGCUCCAUUCUUGGCCAUUCGUUGCUUGAAGCAACUCGCUUUGGAUGAAGCGAAAAAAUUUCCUUUAGCUUCACAAGUUACACUAACAGAUGUGUAUAUGGACGAUUUUGUCUCGGGUGCUACUACUUUAAAAGCAGCUCCGGAAUUACAAAGGCAGUUGAUACACAUGUUGCAAACUUGUGGCAUGGAGCUUCAUAAAUGGACUUCAAAUUCAUCUGAACUCAUAAACAAUAGCUCUGAGGAAACUAACCAACAAUAUUUUCUCGUUCAUCGACAUUUUUCAGUAAAAGCCUUGGGUCUGAAUUGGCAACCAAAAGAAGAUUAUUUUCUCUUUAAGGUAGACUUAAAGAUCAAGCCUUUCUACACUAAAAGAGACGUGUUAUCAGUUAUCGCUCGUUUGUAUGAUCCAUUAGGUCUCGUUGGUCCUGUUAUCACAAAGGCCAAAAUUUUUAUGCAAAAAUUAUGGAUCCAACAAUUGAACUGGGAAGAUACUCUCCCUCAGUCAAUUCAGCCAGAAUGGUCGAUUUUUGUGACAUCUUUGAAAGUCAUCGAAAAUCUCAAAAUUCCUAGAUAUAUCUUGACAGAAUCUUAUGAAAGAACUGUUAUAGUAGGUUAUGCUGAUGCUUCUGAAGCUGCUUUCGGAGCGGUAGUUUAUAUGAAAUCUAUUAUGGAAGAUGGCACAGCUGUCAAUAAACUUAUUGCCAGUAAAUCAAGAGUCGCUCCCAUUAAAGUAAUUUCGAUCCCUCGUUUGGAGUUGUCAGCGUGUCUCCUUUUGUCGCAGUUGAUAGGAAGAAUUCGUCCUUCUCUUCAGAUACGAAUCAGUGAAAUAAUCUGUUACACAGAUUCAACCAUUGCACUUGCCUGGAUAAAGACACCUCCAUAUAAACUAAAAACUUUUGUUGUUACUCGGGUAUCAAAGAUACAAAUUCUCACAGAAAACUUCCAGUGGAAACAUAUUUCUUCCGAACUUAAUCCUGCAGAUAUGAUAUCUAGAGGUUUGAACCCUCAUGAACUCUUAACCAACGACUUAUGGUGGUGUGGUCCUGACUAUUUACCGGACUCUAAAAAACAUUCUAAUGUUGAACUUGAUGAGUCUGCAAUUUCAGAUGAACAAUAUCUGACUGAACUUAAAUCACAGUCAAACAUUAGUUUAUCUUCUGUAAACAAUAUUUCAUUUCUUGAGGAUUUUUUAGCCAUAAGAGCCAACAAAGAAUUGAAAAAACUCGCUUCACUUGUUAAUUUUCCUGAUGAAAUUUUAUCCAAGUUUUUGGCAAUGGAAAAUAUCUCCUGGAAAUUUCUUCCCCCUCGGGCCUCUAAUUUCGGAGGACUCUGGGAGUCUGGAGUUAAAUCCUUCAAGCAUCAUCUAACAAGAACUGUUGCUGAUGCAAAAUUAUUUUAA